UCAGGGACGAGCUGACCGCCGCCGAAACAACAGCAACCCGCUCUCAUGAAUCCAUUCUGCUCCGGUCUUUCCACGACAUAACUUCUUUUCAUGAGAAGCCGCUACACUCGCUGCUUGUCAGCCUUGAAGCCUGCGAUUCCCGACCGUUGCGGCCGCUACAAAUAUAUCGAAUUUGAAGCGAGGGGCUCAUCUAGGACGUCUAAGAAGAGAAUACCUCAAUCACGGUUCGCACUUCUGUAUAAGCGCCAGUGGUUGAGUUUAGAGCAUUGGGAUCUGCUCUGCUUCGCGCCCGGCGUCGUCUGUUCACGGAUCCCGAAUUACCACUGCUCACACCUCCAACCUCUUGUGCCAUAACCCUCAGCGGCGGCUCUUGACGGCCGAUCCGUACGCACCAGCACCGCCCUCAAGAUAAAAGGAUAAUCAGACGAUGGCUAUGGAGACUUCAAACGGCGGGCCGGCAGCACCGGCUGCACAACCCCAAGCGCAGAUCCAGCCAUGUCGGUACAAGACGGGAAAGACACUGGGAGCGGGCAGCUACUCGGUCGUGAAGGAAUGCGUGCACAUAGACACGGGUCGGUACUAUGCGGCGAAAGUGAUCAACAAGCGCCUGAUGGCCGGGAGGGAACACAUGGUCAGGAAUGAGAUCGCCGUGCUGAAGAAGGUAUCCAUGGGACACAGGAACAUCCUCACGCUCGUCGACUACUUUGAAACCAUGAACAACCUCUACCUCGUCACCGACCUCGCCCUCGGCGGCGAGCUGUUCGAUCGCAUCUGCCGCAAGGGCAACUACUACGAGUCGGACGCCGCCGACCUGAUCCGCGCGACGCUUUCCGCCGUGGCCUACCUGCACGACCACGGCAUCGUGCACCGCGACCUCAAGCCCGAGAACCUGCUGUUCCGCACGCCCGAGGACAAUGCCGACCUGCUCAUCGCCGACUUUGGCCUCUCGCGCAUCAUGGACGAGGAGCAGUUCCACGUCCUGACGACCACAUGCGGCACGCCAGGUUACAUGGCGCCCGAGAUAUUCCGGAAAACGGGCCAUGGGAAGCCAGUGGACAUCUGGGCCAUCGGCGUCAUCACCUACUUCCUACUCUGCGGCUACACGCCCUUCGACCGGGACUCGAACCUCGAGGAGAUGCAGGCCAUCCUCGUGGCCGACUACUCGUUCACCCCGCUCGAGUACUGGAGCGGCGUCUCGAACACGGCAAAGGAUUUCAUCCGCCGCUGCCUCACCGUCGACCCGGCCGCCCGCAUGACGGCCCACGAGGCGCUGUCGCACCCGUGGAUCGCCGACCUCGGUGGGCGGCCCGCGGGCGCGGAGGAGGAGCAGGAUCUGCUGCCCACGGUGAAGAAGAAUUUCAAUGCAAGGCGCACGCUGCAUGCGGCUAUUGAUACGAUUAGGGCGAUUAAUCAGUUGAGGGCGGGCGGGGCGGCGGGGCUCAUGGAUGGGGUGAGGUCGAGUGAGCCGAGGAGGGGGGCGCCGCCGGCGAAUGCGAAUGUGAAUGUGGAUGUGCCGCAGCCGGAGGAGGAGGGGCCGGAGCCUAUGGAGGUGGAUGGUGGAGGGGAAGUGCACAUGGGGAUGGGGAUGGAUAGUCGGGGGAAUGGGCACGGGCAGACGGAGGAGAUGAUACGGGAGCAGGAGAGGAGGAUUAGGGAGACGCAGAGGGGGAUGUGGGGCGGGCGGUAGUGAAUAUUUGUUUCCUUUUUUUCUUUUGCUUUUGGACUCGGAUACCUCUUGCAGGCGACUUCUUACCUUUGCUUCUCUUUCUAAACAGGACCGCCUCGGAAUCUACAUACAUAUAUACAUAGAUACAAUAU